GUCUAACUCAAAUCUAGAUUAAGUUCACGAAUAAGAGGCUCAAAAAGAAUUUAAGUAGGACUGAGACCUAAUUGUUAUGAACCAAAAAAGGAAUACUUCAGAAAUAACCCGAAAAAUUUUUAAAUCAACUAAAUAUUGAGUCAGAAUAAACUCCAAUUUAGCAAAAAUAAUUAUAAUUAGUAUGAAUAAAAGAAGCCGUAAUACAAGAAACCCUAGACAGAUAUAUCAAUAUAUUCUUAGGAACUACAAUUGUGCAUAAGAAAAUAUGCUUUAUCUAUAGAGCCUACGGCUUCUACAGCUUGAUGGCUGGAGGAUACAGAGGUGAAGAUGAUUUCACAAUAAAGAAUGCAAACAAAGUAAGGAAUCUUUUGAAAAAAAUAAGGAGCUAUUUGCUAUAAAUGUAGCAUUUAAUCAAAAAAAUUUUGGAAAAAUGGACAAAAACUGAAGGAAAAAUAUGUUACAAAGUUUGGGG